GAGCGGCCGAGGUGAGAUCGCUGCGCCGACGGAGCUGUCCACUCUGCCGUGGUGCUGAACUCCACAUCCCCCUCCUCUUUUUCUUCCUUCUUUGUCGGCUCCACUGUACAUUGGUGAUAUUUUGGGAAAGGAUUUACAACCUCCCCUCUGGCUGCUUAUAGGUGCAAACUUCCCCCGCGAGGACAUCUCUCUCUCUCUGAACAUCGGAAAUUACUCUACACCAGCAGUGGAUUUGACCGGAGCUCGAGAUUAUCAUUAAUAGUUUGUUGAAAAGUGUGGCUCUCUUUCGUUCAACACUAACCUCGUGUGGAUUACCCUUCUGGAUGGUUUACGUCUGGCCACACAGGAAAAGACCAAUGAAGACAGCCAGAUGGUGGUCGGCGGCAAUUUUACUGUUGGGGCUCGCUGUUCUCAGCGCCGACGGGAGACCCAACAAGGAGGGAUUUGGGUCGCCGCCCUAUCGACCAGUCGUGAGAUUCCGACACAAGGAUGGGAUCCCUGAGAGCUUAAGGAUAAAGGGUUUUAUGGGGCACAAUGGCUAUCCAGGUCCAUGUGAACAUAAGUACUGUGGCUUGGGGCGUCACUGUGUGGUCAACCAUGAGACUGGCCAAGGGGAGUGUAAGUGCUUGGAUCACUGUAAACCGCACUAUAAACCCGUGUGUGGUUCAGAUGGGAAGCUGUACCAGAACCAUUGUGAGCUCCACCGGGCCUCUUGUCUUAGAGGACACAGGAUUACCAUCAUGCACAGUGAGGAGUGCUUCUACAAAGACGAUGACUGUAGAUUGAGUGACUAUCGUCGCCUGAAGACCAAGAUUCUGGAUCUGCAUGAUAAAAGAUAUAUGAGGUCUACCAUCCACGGGGCCCACGAGGACAACAUGGCUGCCAGGAAGCAACUGGUUGAUAUGAUGUUCAAACGUUUUGAUGCAGAUAACAAUGGUCAAAUAGAUGCCAGCGAACUUUCACAGGUCAUCAAGCAAGAGGGUCUUUCCAAGGACAUCUCUGAGUGCACGUUGUUCGAUCUGCUGAAGUACAAUGAUGUCAAUGAUGAUGAGCACCUGACAAAAGAGGAGUUUUACACAGCUUUCGAUGUGUACCUGCUCACCCUUCCAGAUGACGAGAAAGUAAGCGUCACCACAGUAACAGUUGGGCAGAGUGCCGUGUUGACUUGUGCAAUCACAGGGGAGCGGAGGCCUCCGAUAUUGUGGAAGAGGAACCAUCAAUAUCUGAACUCCUUGAACCUGGAGGACAUCAAUGACUUUGGAGAUGAUGGCUCGUUGUACAUCACCAAGGUGACCACGACCCACAUGGGCAACUAUACCUGUCAUGCCGAUGGUUACGAGAAACUGUUUCAGACCCACACUCUCCAAGUGAAUGUCCCUCCUGUUAUCCGAGUGUACCCAGAGAGCCAAGCGAGGGAGCCAGGCGUCACUGCCAGCCUGCGCUGCCAUGCUGAGGGAAUCCCCAGCCCCCAGCUGGCCUGGCUGAAGAACGGCAUGGACAUCACAACCAAGCUGUCCAAACAGCUCACCCUUCAAGCUAAUGGAAGCGAGGUGCACAUCAGCAAUGUGCACUUUGAGGACACCGGCGCCUAUACCUGCAUCGCCAAAAAUGAUGCUGGUGUCGACGAGGACAUCUCUUCGCUAUUUGUGGAAGACUCUGCGCGCAAAACUUUGGCAAACAUUUUAUGGCGAGAAGAAGGUCUUGGCAUCGGAAACAUGUUCUACGUGUUCUAUGAAGACGGCAUAAAAGUCAUCCAGCCAGUGGCAUGUGAGAUACAACGGCAUAUUAAGCCCAGUGAGAAGCUGUUGGCUCUGCAGGAGGAGGUGUGUCCCUCUGCAGCAGGAGAAACAGUCCAGAGGUGCGUGUGGUCAUCAGCGGUCAACAUCAAGGACAAGUUUAUUUAUGUGACACAGCCAACCUUGAAUCGAGUGCUCAUUGUUGACAUCCAGUCUCAGAAGGCUGUCCAGACGGUCAGCACCGACCCUUAUCCUGUGAAGCUCCAUUACGACAAAUCCCACGACCAGGUGUGGCUGCUGAGCUGGGGAGACAUGGAGAAGAACUUCCCUACUCUUCAAGUGAUCAAUCAGGCCAGUGGUAGAGUGUCUCAUCACACCGUUCACACUCAGCCGGUCGGCAGGCGCUUCGACAGGGUGGACGACUUCUUCAUUCCUGCAUCCAGCCUCAUCAUUAACCACAUCAGAUUUGGCCUCAUCCUUCAUCGAAAUGAGCCUGUCCUGCACAAGAUCGACCUGGAGACUUUGUCAUACGUGAAAAACAUCAGCCUUCGGGAGUAUAACUGCAUCCCCAAGUCUGUGGCCUACACCCACCUUGGCGGCUACUACUUUGUCAACUGCAGGCCCGACUCCACCGGCGCCUCCCAGCCCCAAAUCAUCUUGGACAGUGUGACGGAUAGUGUGAUCGGUCAGAACCGCGAUGUUACCGGCACUCCCUAUGUGUCUCCAGAUGGCCACUACUUGGUCACUGUCGACGACGGCGAUGGUCUGAUGAGAAUCCAGAUGAUCUCGGAGCACGGGGAGAUCCAGGAGCCCUUCGACAUCCACACCAACCUUCACUUGUCUGAUCUGGCCUUCCAGCGCUCAUUCACUGAGGUCCACCAGUACAACGUGUUUGGCAGUUCUGGCCGCCAAACUGACGUUCUGUUUGUGGAGCUGAGCACUGGCAAAGUCAAGAUGAUUAAGAGCUUGAAAGAGGCCACCAAGUCAUUCGAGUGGCCGUGGAGCAGUAGGAACAGGGUAAUGGUGGGCAGCGGACUGUUCGGGCAGUACCUCAUGACCCCGUCCAGAGAAUCCCUCUUCAUCCUGGACGGACGGCUCAACAAGCUCAACUGUGAGAUCACUGAUGUCCUCAAAGGCAACGUGUUGGUGUGGGUUGGGGAUUCUUAGGUCAUAAAAUCAAGACCCAAUGAGCUUUCUUUUCCUCAAAGGUACUGUUGCACUGAAUUCUGUUGCAGAUUUUUUAAUUUUGUGGGAGCGCUAUAGUGAAAACCACAGAAUCAAAAACCAAAUUGACAAUUUGUAAGUCCAUUGGAUGAGAGACUGUCAUCCAAAAAACAAAAAAAUACAAGUGAUGAUAUAAUUAAUAUUGUCUUAAAGCCAAGUUAAGAUAUUUUUUCCACCAAGUGGUUUGUCUCCAAGUCAACAUAAAGUUGCUUGCUGGUUUAAUUUUUCAGGAAAAUUGGAAUGAAUCCGCAAAAGUUCCGUAGAUAUGUGCAACUUUGCAUUAUUAUUCACAAUUGGUUGUAUUCAGUGUGUGGGAAUGCUGUAGCUAAUCUCUAAACAAAACUAAUAUUUAAGAGAAUUGGCAAAAAUAGAUAUAUAUACUGCAUAUGUCCAGAUUAACUCUUGUAAUUUAAGUUUAUCCAUUCCAAACUUUUUCCUGUGCCUUCAAGGAAAAUUCCCCUCCAUCAGAGGAAUUAACAUAAUUAUUCCCAGUGUGACUGCAGACUACACCUCUUCCUUUGACCCCUUCAUUCGUGGUGAGCAUGGUUCCUCACAAAUCUACUGCUCUCGUCUAUCCGUCCGUCCAACGCAGCCGACUCAGUCUAAUUAAAACGAGCCCUUGCUGUGAUCCCAUCCUGUUUGAAGUGGAGACUGAGAGACUGAGUGGUUCAUUAUGGUUGUGCGCUCUGUAACCUUUUAAUCCGAAAUUAUAAUCAGCGUUGGAAGGUGAAUGAUUUUUUUUUUUUUUCCUUUUUUGUCCAAAGCAGAAAAAUGAAAGUCAGUGGCGAUGUUAGUGAAAUUGUACCAGCUUUAUACACUACACAUUGUGAAACUUAAUUAUUUCAAAAUGUUCCUUAGCAAUGAGUCAAUAGAGCACUUGUGUGUGAAGAAAAUCGAUCAUAACUUCAAUAUCCCUGAACCAAAAAAAAGAAAAGAAAUCUUAGAUUUUAAUAGAAUGACUAUGAAAACAUGCAUUGUCUGCUCUGUUUGACAGCGUGUUUCAAGUGGAUGUUUUAAUGUGAAGUAAUGAUGAGCUAGCAGAGUGGGUAGUUUUGGUGUUUUGUGUAGAGGGUCUUUGAGGAUAAGCUUUGAAAAUGAGAAACAACUCUCUCUAAAUGCUCCUGCAGUAGAUACAUAGCUGGCAAGUCAAUGAAACCGUUUCCUAGCUGGACACAUUUCUAUGCAUUUUCACCCUAGCACUCUUUGACUCUGUGACUCACAAUGGGCAACUGUAUCUCAAAUUUAGUAUGGACUUUUGAUGUGUACAGAUUAUAUAAAGUCAUCCUGUCUUUCCUGUUAAACUCUUACUCGUAUAUAUUUUGGUUUUAUUUUAAUUUCAUCCUCAAUUUCUCCCCUCUGUCACAUGUUGUUUUCAAAAUUUUCUCUCUAUUAAUGUCCUGUACAUAGCAGCUGACUGUGAGUCCAUUAAGUUCCCAUUAUUGUACAGAUUAACGCAGGUUCAUUUUCCGAGCAAAUAAUCAGCACACUCCUUUUUAAACAAACACAGCUGUCAUUAUAAACAUCCUGUACCAAGCACAUUGUGGUCACAAACACCGCUUUCACGUCCAUAUAGCCAUGUCUUGUAUGUUCCUUCAUGUGGUUGUUAUUUAUAUAGAGAAAACACGCUUGUCA